GCUGGCGGCGAAGAGCGCAGCGGUCGGCUGCUAGGCUAGGCUAGGCAAGCCUAGGCCCCACAUUCGCCAGCGCGUAGCGCAUCGCAAGGGUAGGCCCAUGUCGGGUUACAUAAAUUUCGGUUGCCCGAACGGCGUCAACGGCGGCACCGACUUGCCGGACUCCUUCCACCGAGCACCGCCCGAACCCAAGAGCCACGCCAACGUCGUGCUCGGGGCGCAAUGGGGCGACGAAGGCAAGGGCAAGAUCGUCGAUCUCCUGGCCAGCGAGGCGCAGAUUGUGUGCCGGUGUCAGGGUGGCAACAAUGCGGGGCACACAGUUGUUGUGGAGAACGUCUGCUACGACUUCCACCUCCUUCCCAGCGGGCUGACCAACACAAAAUGCACAGGCAUCGUCGGCAACGGCGUGGUCAUCAACGUUCCACAACUUUUCGAUGAGAUCAAGACUAACGAGGAGAAGGGACUCCAGAUCUCGUCUCGGCUACUAAUUUCAGACCGAUGUCAUAUAGUUUUUGAUUUCCACCAGGCCGUCGAUGGGCUCCAGGAAAUUGAAAAGGGGGCCAAAAGCCUUGGUACCACAAAAAAGGGCAUCGGUCCUACUUAUGCAUGCAAGGCUUCGAGGACAGGGCUGAGGAUGGCAGAUCUGGUUGGCGACUUUGCUGUAUUCGAACAGAGGUUUCGGAGUCUGGUGGCCACGUACCAGCGGCUAUUUCCUGCCCUCAAGGUUGAUCUCGACGUGGAGCUCGUCAAAUACAAGGAUCUGGCGAUGAAACUGCGGCCGUUUGUCAUCGACACCGUGUCAUACCUGCACGAGGCCUUGGCUCAAGGCAAGAACAUCCUCGUCGAAGGCGCCAACGCCUGCCUUCUAGACAUUGACUUUGGGACGUACCCAUUUGUGACGUCUUCAAACUGCACCGCGGGCGGCGUCUGCACGGGACUCGGCAUUCCACCACGUGCCAUUGGCCACGUGUACGGGGUGGUCAAGGCCUACACGACACGGGUGGGCGAUGGCCCUUUCCCCACCGAACAGAAGAAUGAAAUCGGUGAGCGACUACAAACUAUCGGUGGUGAAAUUGGAGUCACGACCAAACGAAAACGGCGGUGCGGCUGGCUCGACGUGGUACUGCUUCGUUACUCCAGUAUGAUCAACGGAUACACUGCGCUGGCGCUGACCAAGCUCGACAUCCUGGACACUUUUGAGGAGAUCAAGAUUGGCACCGCCUAUCGGAUAGAUGGCAAGGUGUACAAGUACCCACCAGCGAGUGCCGACGAGAUGUCCAAGGUGCAAGUUGACUACACGAUCAUGCCCGGGUGGCGGACACCGACGUCUGAGUGCCGGAAGUACUCUGACCUGCCUGCCAAUGCCCGCCUCUACAUUGAGACCGUCCAGGAACUGCUCGGCGUUCCCUUCAAGUGGAUCGGCGUUGGAAAGUCUCGUGAGGCCAUCAUCACGAUUCCUUGAUGAGUGGCACAAUGAGAAGACUGCGCAGUGCCCGUGUUGACGAUGAAGUACUUCGCACACUUCGAAGAACCGAGCUGUUUUAUUUUUUCUCUUUGUUUUCCCACCCUUGUUGUUUUUAAUUCAUUGUUGUUUUAAAACGAAAAUGUCCAGUCAUUGUUAUUCACCAGCCAUCGUUGGUAGGGUUGCCGCUUGUUCAGGUCAGCACUCGACAGCAAGUUGCAUUCGACGAACGACGUUGUCCACACUUUCUGAUGCAUUUGUGUGAUGCGCAGCUUGGCAGAAUGCUGCCGAGUUAAGUACCCCCCACCUGUUCCAUAGCAGCCAAUUGUUGAUGUGUUGAACUGAGGGCUGUGUUAAAUUUCCCACCGCCUUGCACAUAGCAGGGGUGAAUUGUGUUAGUAUAGUGUGGUCUGGUUAUUUUAAUACAGUUGAAUCUUGAUUAAACGAAGUCGAAGGACCCAGAUAUUUUGUUGAAUUGAGAACUUUGGUAAAUCUAAAUAACUUGUAGCAUUCGUGAGAACAACAUUUCUUUUUGAGUAAAAAAAAAAGUCACUUUUGCCUGCAUAUGCACUUAUCGUUGAGCUUGCCUUCUGUUCUUUGUGAGAGAAACAAACGUCCUGAACAAAUGAAUCACCCGAUCUUUCUCUGAAACUUUCGGGCUAGAUGCAGACUUCACUACGUUGCUUCUAUUGCUUUCAGUAAUUAGGCUCUAUGAAUAUCUGUCUGGGAAUUGAAAGCAUUUUGCUAAAUCAAAAAUUUUUUAUAAUUGGCUUUUGUUAAAUCAAGGUUUGACUGUAUAAAGUUUUAGUGACAGUUUUUCUGCUUCAUCGCAUAUUCAAGGUCGAACAUCAACCCUGUGAUAAUGGCCAGGCAUUGUGCUCACAAGACUACAUAAAAGCAUUUCCACACUGGCUGGUAUGCAGAUAAAAGUGACUGAAGUGAUAACAAAAUGAUUGCCACUUGCAGACAGCACUUAACAAGAGAGAAGCUUCGUGAACACUGGCCUAGAUCGGGUUUCCUGGAUAUUUGUUAUGAUCAGAUUGCAUUGUAUAAAGACUGUGGCUGGGUCUUUGUGGCUGUAUAUAUCGAAAUGAAUCCAGCUGUUAUAAUGGCAGUUGAAAACAUUAGCAGGGAGAUGCUUGCUUUGAUGAGAAACUGGAAUUCGUGUGCUUAUUUGCUCGAUGGGAAAUGCAACAUUACCGAAAGUCCAAACCCUUAUGCAGCUCGCAACAGGUGUGCAGUAAUGCAUCUAGAACUGCCGACAAGUUCCAUGAAUCAAGAACUUUUUGCUUUCUUGGUGUGGUUGUACACUUUAUUUGAAGGGAGCACCGCUCAAUAUGGACUGCAACAUACCUAGCUAAUCAUUUCCUGCUAUGUCCAUCCAUUUCUCUGGUUGAGAUGUAAUCAUUAGAGGAUCUCCGAGUUUGUACUUAGAAGUGUGUACUUAUUAGGGAGUUUUAGCAUAUCGCUUUUGUUGAAGGCACACCUGUCAGCUUUGAGUAAGCUACCUAAUCCAUGCUAGGUGGAUGUAUGAUGCGACGUGGCUUGCACAUGCAGACCUGGCAGCUGGCCGAGGCGGUAGCAGUAGAGCAUUAGUGGCAUGCUAAAACUCUCUAAAAAUGUCUGUAACAACUAGCACUGCAUAAAUUGGCGUUCCACUGAACAGACAGCUUCAGUAUCAUGUAAGAGACAGAUACAGGACGAUAAGUUCACUAAAUCCACUACAGCAAUGUCUGUUUCAGGAGUGCCUACAUGCUUUUAUCUAAACACAUGUCUAUGUCGUAGGGCAAGCUGCCUGGAAAAAAAAAGUGGUGUUCAAGCACCUCCCACUUAUGGCAGUAAUUGGCACGAUAAGGAGACGGUUUCCAUGGCAAUGGCCAAUCGCGGACUGCGCUAACCUUAGGGAAGUUCUCUGAACCUGGAGCCCAGUUUCGAAAGGAAUGGGCUUCUUUUUGGUAAGCCUGGCAGCCUGUGUUUGAACAAAAAGCCCGGCUGUAUGAAUGUAGUACCUCCAUAUGCCGAAUUAUACUGGCCAAAGCACGAGUCCUGCUUUACAUUGUCACUUCUACGUGUUAGAUCUAUGCCAAUACGAAAGUGUGGAUGCUUGCCGCAAAACUGUGAUGUCGCUGCCGUGAGACUGACCUGGGAAACUCUUGUGUAGUCAUCUGUGCGUGUUCAUUCUUUGUAUAGGGUGUUUCAGUGACAACUGCCUUUAAUUACUAAAAUGGGGCUCUGGGCAGAAAAUUGUUUUUGCUGGCGAGAAUUUAUAGCAGCAGUGAAUGAUUGUGCAAGAGUUGUCAAUGUGCACUUUACUUAAAAGCUUCCCUAACAGACUUCUUAAAAAAAAAAAAAGAAUUGGUAAACUUAGCGCAUGUGUCCCCACUGCAGAGUUGAAGCGAGUCAAUGAAACAAAUUGCCGCUCCACUCAGUUACGGCCUGCAUUGCUCAAGAAAGGCUUUAUGGAAAAAUAAUGCCAAUUCAAUUCACAAUGACAGCUGGCGUCUGUGUCGGGAAUGAUUCCUACUUAGUGGCCAUGUAUUAAACACCAACUAGCUUCGUUUCUGCAGUUCCACAUGCAGGAAAACUAGAACAACUUGUUCACCUUUAUCUCUGGCCAUUGAGAAUGUAUUUGUGCAAGAAAAACAACGAAAUAUUUUUUUUUUUCUGUAAAACCUUCAUUAGUAUAGUAGCUGGAUUGCUGAAGUAUCCAGAACUGAACAAAAAUUGCUCCAGUGUAUCAAAAACGCUACUAUAAUUUAUUAGUUUCCUGUGCUUAAAUCCCAUUCAUGAGAUAUCAAACUCUGCAUAGCAUUUAUGAUGCCUCGGACAUUAGAAGGUUAAGGCAGUAAUUUUAAAAACUUGAGUGAAAUUUUGUGAUUGAAAAGGCAGUUAUUGCACAGUUUCUGAUGUCUGCCACUGGCGAGAAACUCAGACCGGCAGAAUCUAUGGUUUCUAAUUCUGUUUCUAACUACUGCAAAUGGAUGUCACUGAAACAGCCCCUAUUUUCUUCAGACUAUUUUCGUUAGUGUAUCGUUCACAGCUGCGCUCUUAAGACAUAGCACACUGUGUACAGCCAAGAGCCCAAGAGGAACCCUAUUUUCGAAGUUGUCUGCAGAGCUUUGUGAAUGGUUAUGCCAUGCUUGUUGUAAUCGUAGCUGCCUUAGAGGAGCAUGCAAACUACUAGCUGUGAUGGUUUACUUUUUUGUUGUUAUGCUUGCAUACAAACAGCUACAGUUUUGAUGUCAUCCUUUUUUUUUUUUCUUCGUUCAUCUAGAAGUGAGCAAGUUGGGCUUGCUGUGGGGUUCUCCUUGGGGAGGGGUUCUGUAUAGCCUCGGUCAUGAUGCAUGAAAACUUAUGUACAUAUAAAAACUGUUCUUUUAUGUGA